UGGGCAAGUGGCCAUUAAUUUUGGAGCAAGCAAGCGACAGCGGCCCCUGCCAUUCCCGGGGCGCAUGGCCGCUCUUGGCCUGUCCCGGAGUCGCGAGGGAGACGGGGUGGAGGAGACCAUGGCUGUUCCGAUCUCCGAGAAGGACGAGCACGAGUCGGACGACGCCGGCGGGGGCUGGAUACUGCUCGAGGACGUCGCCGAGGUCGCGGGCGAAGCUGCGCUGCAGAGAAGGCGCAGGGGCGAUGAGGCGGAUGACGUCAGCACCGGAGACCGGAAGCAGCAGCGCCUCGGUGCGCCCGAAGACGGGCACACGUUUGACGUCAUCGUGCGCGGCGGAGGCCGCGACCUCUCGCGGAACAAGCUCGGCCCGGAGAACGACUUGUGGGUGGUCGACCUGGACCUCGCCGUCUGCGUCCCUAUGGUUGUUGUUGCAGUUGUCGCUGCGGCCUACAUCGUGAGCUCGGUCCUCUUCCGAGCCAUGAGCGCCCCGGAGGUGCCGGCUCUGCUCCUGGCCAGGUUGCUGGCCUACGGCUGCGCGUCCAACGCCGUGUCCUGGUCCAAGCCGCACCGCGCCGACAACCACGAGCGCUCCGGGGCGCUGUACUUCAAGUUGUGCCUGCGCGCGUUUGCGUUGCUCGCCUGCUGCGGCGUCGACGUUUUCCUGCUGUCUCACGGCGUCCCGGAGUUGCUCGAGCGCUUCAACACGACCGCCAGGCUGUUAGUGGGCGUGACGGACGGCGACUGCUCGACUUGCGCAUCGUCCGACGGCGGCCCGAUACCGGAUUCGUGCACGGCGGUGCCGUUCAAGAAAUUGAUCGCAGACGAGUCCUACGUGCGCAUUUUCCUGCGCCUCUACGAUGUGCUGGCCACGCCAGGGUACAACGAGCUCAUCGAGAAGGCCCAGCAGAUGGGACUGCUGCAUUGCCCGAAAUGCGUCGUGGUCCUCUAUGCAACUUUCACGUGCACCGUGACGAUCGCCCUCGUCCUGGCCCUCCUGGUGGUCGUUCUGCAGGCCAAGUCCGCGAGCGUCAAGGUCACCUCCACCUGGAACAUCUGCUGGCAGCGGCACCGGAGCCGAGGACUCGUUCGCUUCUGCCGGGAGAUGCCGCGUCUGCUCUCUCGGUGCCUGCUCGACUGACGACAGAAGAAAAGGAGAAAAGACGGGCACACCGACCAAUAAAUUUAACACGUUUUGCCUACUAACAAGUGCAUUUGAAUAUGUCUUGAGUCUUAAC